CUAUCGUCGAGCCAAGAAGACUCCUCAACUGCCUCCUCCCGAGAAAAUCUCUCCAUGUCGUCGUCGUCAUCGUCGUCUUCUCUAUUUAAUUCCAAACUCGAAAACCCCACCAAAACCGCCACUCCACUCACGAGACUCCCCUCCAAAACCAACGCACUCCGCAACACUCCCCCUCCCCCGCCCGCCACCGCCGAGGAUGCCGGCCGCCGCCUCCGCCCUCCUCCUCCUCGCCGCCGCCGCCGCCGCCGCCGAGGCGAGCUACCUCGACUACGGGGACGCAUUGUCCAAGUCCAUCCUCUUCUUCGAGGGCCAGCGGUCCGGCUACCUCCCCCAGGACCAGCGCCUCACCUGGCGCGGCAACUCCGGCCUCGGCGACGGCUGGACCUACGACGCCGACCUCACCGGCGGCUACUACGACGCCGGCGACAACGUCAAGUUCGGGUUCCCGAUGGCCUUCACGGCCACGCUGCUCGCCUGGAGCGUCGUCGAGUUCGGCGACCUCAUGCCCCCGACAGAGCGGAGGAACGCCCUGGUCGCCAUCCGCUGGGCUACGGACUAUCUCCUCAAGACGGUGUCGCAGCCGAACCGCAUUUUCGUCCAGGUGGGUGAUCCAAGCACAGACCAUAAUUGCUGGGAGAGGCCGGAGGACAUGGACACGGCCAGGACAGUUUUUGCUGUUGAUGAGCCAAACCCGGCGUCCGAUGUUGCUGGCGAGACCGCGGCGGCUUUUGCAGCAUCAUCCAUGGCGUUUCGGUCGUCGGACCCUGGGUACUCCGACACCCUCCUGAAGAAUGCCGUCAAGGCAUUCGAAUUUGCAGACAGCUACAGAGGAGCUUAUAGUGACAAUUCGGACAUCAGGGACCACGUUUGCCCGUUUUACUGUGAUUUUGAUGGAUACCAGGAUGAGUUGCUGUGGGGAGCGGCGUGGCUGAGGAGGGCGACACAAGACGAUUCUUAUCUGAAUUACAUCCAAAACAAUGGCAAAACUCUUGGCGCUGAUGAGAACAUCAACGAGUUCGGCUGGGACAACAAGCAUGCCGGUCUCAACGUCCUUGUUUCCAAGGAAUUCCUAGAAGGCAAUGUCUACUCGCUCCAGUCCUACAAAUCCUCCGCCGACUCCUUCAUGUGCACCCUCAUCCCGGACUCCUCCUCCUCCACCCACAUCCAGUACACUCCCGGCGGCCUCAUGUACAAGCCCGGUGGCAGCAACCUUCAGCAUGCCACUUCCAUUGCGUUCCUCCUCCUUGCCUACGCCAACUACCUCUCCGCCACCUCCCAGUCCAUGAACUGCGGCUCCGUCAGUGUCGGUGCCGCCACCCUCCGCCAGCUGGCCAAGAGGCAGGCUGACUACAUCCUCGGGGAGAACCCCAAGGGCAUCUCGUACAUGGUCGGGUACAGCGCCUACUACCCCCUCCGCAUCCACCACCGUGGCUCGUCGCUCCCGUCGAUCAAGGAUCAUCCCCAGUUUAUUGCUUGCAAGGAAGGGUCCAUUUACUUCAAUUCCUCGGAUCCAAACCCGAAUGUGCUUGUCGGAGCACUGGUCGGUGGGCCUGGGGAGGAUGACGAGUACGAGGACGAUAGGGUGGACUUCCGGAAGUCCGAGCCGACGACAUAUAUAAACGCCCCAUUUGUUGGGGUUCUCGCCUAUUUGAACGCGAAUCCCAAUGCUAGCUGAUGGAUGGAUAAGCUGGAGCAGCUUAUGUGAAUACAAAAAAAAAGUGUCGCAGGAGAUCAUACUGUGUCAUUGAAAGAGAUUAGGGAUCAAAAGGUGUCUCUCGUCUUGGGCAAAACUAGCCAAGAGGGAAGAGGCUGUCUAGCUUUUCUCUUUGCCUAAUGUUCCGUCAGUAGAGUCGUUACUCGUCAAAUCUCAGAGGAUUGUUGAGACACGAGAAGCAUAUCUCCUUGUAAUUUGAGCUGAAGACACCAUUCUUUUCAUGAGUCGCGCCUCGAAUAGAUCUUUUGAACGGUUAAUUGUA